GGUUCUCCUGGCCAUUCGCCCAGUGCGGACGUGUUUUGCUCGCUUUCCUUCGCUUUUCACGCGCCUUCUGCGGCCGAAAACUGCAGAACGGAAAAAUCCAACAAAAUAGAAAAUAGAAAUUAACAGAAGAAAACCUGAAGCCAAUGCAUAACCAAGCCAAUUAAUCCAAAAAUAUGGAAAUCAAUUGUUAAACCACCUUAAACGAAAAUAAAAAUAGUGAAAUUAGUUAAACACUCUAAAAGUGCAUUUAAGUCAUAAAUAAGCAUGCAAAACAUAUAUACUUCGCUCUACAAAUAAAUCCAACUUGAAAAGAAAAGCUUGUUUUAAGCUUACGCUAAUGAGCAAUGCGCCAGGAUUAAAUCGAUACAAAAUUUAAAAAUAAAUCAAUCAAUCUCCGCAAGUUUCCACAACCAAACACUGCCAAUGUGAACCCAUCUAUUUCCAAAAAGAGAGAGUAACCCGCCUGAAGAUAACGGUACCCGAAACCCACGGUUAACGAGCAUUUAAGAGGUCACAACAGUAUUUUCAACUUUAACUGUAACAGUUACUAGCGGUAACUGGGUCAGUAGGCAGAGCCCAAGUAACGCCCCCCAUCGAGGGCUACCUCAUCCACCUUCUGCAUCCUUCUGGGCCCCCCAUCCAUCCAGUGUGACCUUGGACCAUGAACUCCUCCAGCGGCGAUGACGAGGCGCCAAAGGAUCCGCGCACUGGCGGCGAGGAUUUUACGCAACAAUUUACAGAAAAUGAUUUCGAGGGACAUCGGGCCCACACCGUUUAUGUGGGCGUCCAUGUGCCAGGAGGACGACGCCACUCGCAGCGCCGGCGCAAGCACCACCACAGUGGCCCCGGAGGGGGUGGCGGUGGUGCAGGUGGAGGUGGAGGUGGAGGUGGAUCCAUCGGCGGAUCCGGAAGUGUGGGCGGUGGUGCGGGCAAGGACAACGUCAGCGAGAAGCAACAGGAAGUGGAGCGACCAGUGACUCCGCCGGCCCAGCGAGUGCAAUUCAUACUCGGCGAGGAUGUGGACGAUGGCACACACGUAUCGCAUCCCCUGUUCUCGGAAAUGGGGAUGCUGGUGAAGGAGGGCGACGAGAUCGAGUGGAAGGAGACGGCGCGCUGGAUCAAAUUCGAGGAGGAUGUGGAGGAGGGUGGCAAUCGAUGGUCAAAGCCCCACGUGGCCACCCUCUCCCUGCACUCGCUGUUCGAGCUGCGUCGCCUGCUGGUCAAUGGCAGCGUGAUGCUGGACAUGGAGGCCCAGAAUCUGGAGGUGAUGGCCGAUCUGGUCUGCGAUCACAUGGUCAGUGCGGGCACCUUGCCGUCCGGUGUCAAGGAUAAGGUCAAGGAUGCUCUCCUGCGACGUCAUCGGCAUCAGCAUGAGUAUGCCAAAAAGACGCGACUGCCAAUUAUACGAUCCCUGGCCGAUAUGCGAAAUCAUUCGUCAUCGAAAACUGACACUUCGACGCAUCUGGGUGCCAUCGGGGUCACCACCUGGUUCCAUGCAGGGGCGUCACCCCAACAUCUGGCCCAGAAUCAGGCCCAGAAUCAAGGACGACCGCAGUCACAGACAAUGCCAAUUGAAGAGCACUCGGGCAGCAUUUUGGGCGCCACAACGCCAAUUUCCCUAACGGCCAGCGAACCGGGACCGCCCGGAUCAAAUGGAAAUUCAAACCUGAGCACCGCUGCCGGCGCCAUGGGGCGUUUUCUAACGGUGCCCGGUGGAAAACCCAGCAACAGAACGCUCGAGGACAUGGUCAAGAGUCCCAGCAACCAGUCGAUGGCCAGGCCAGGAAGCGGCACGGAGCUCAGCGAGCAGCAGCACAAGGGCAACACCCACUUCAUGAGGAAGAUACCGCCGGGCGCGGAGGCCAGCAACAUCCUCGUGGGCGAGGUGGACUUCCUGGAGCGCACCCUCUCCUGCUUCAUCCGCCUCAGCCAGGCGGUGGUCCUGGGCGAUCUCACUGAGGUGCCAGUGCCCACAAGAUUCGUAUUCAUACUGCUUGGCCCGCCUGGCAGUCAGAGCAACUUCCACGAGAUUGGCCGGGCCAUGGCCACCCUGAUGUCCGACGAGAUCUUCCACGAGGUGGCCUACCGAGCCCGCAAGCGGGAUCAUCUGCUGUCCGGCGUGGAUGAGUUCCUCGAUGCGGUCACCGUACUGCCGCCAGGAGAGUGGGAUCCCACCAUACGAAUUGAGCCACCAGCGGCGAUUCCCUCGCAGGAAGUGAGAAAGCGACCGCCAGAGUUGCCCAAGGAGGAGGUGGACGAGGAGGAGGAGGAGGCGCGUCUGCGCGAGGAGAACGGACUCUCCAGGACGGGUAGGCUCUUCGGUGGAUUGAUCAACGACAUCAAGAGGAAGGCGCCGUGGUACAUAAGCGACUAUAAGGAUGCCCUAUCCAUGCAGUGCGUGGCAUCGUGGAUCUUCCUGUACUUCGCCUGCCUGUCGCCGAUCAUCACAUUUGGUGGACUGCUGGCGGAGGCCACUGGCAAGCACAUGGCUGCGAUGGAGUCCCUGGUCUCUGGGUUCGUUUGUGGCAUGGGCUAUGGCUUCUUUUCGGGUCAGCCGCUGACAAUUCUCGGGUCCACCGGUCCAGUACUGGUCUUUGAGUCAAUUAUCUACGAGUUCUGUCAGCGAAUGGGCUGGGAAUAUAUGACUUUCCGGUUCUGGAUCGGCAUGUGGGUCGCCGGCAUUUGCAUCGUCCUGACCGCGAUUGAUGCCAGUGCCCUCGUCUGCUACAUCACCCGCUUCACCGAGGAGAAUUUCGCCACCCUGAUCGCGUUCAUCUUCAUCUACAAGGCCAUCGAGAACGUGGUUGUCAUCGGCAAGAACUUCCCGGUCAAUCAGGGUGUUUACAACUGCGUCUGUACACCGCCAAUUGGUAGCAAUGCCAGUGUGAUCGAUUAUGCCAUGUACAAUUGGGAUUCCUGUGAGUCGCACAAUGGCAUCCUGGUUGGUGGAGGCUGCGGAACCCCGCCCACCGAAAACGUUUUCCUCAUGUCGGUGGUCCUUUGCGCCGGCACCUUCCUCAUCUCCACCGUGCUGAAGGAGUUCAAGAACGCCCUAUUCUUCCCAUCGAUCGUUCGCCAGUACAUCAGUGAUUUCUCCGUGCUCAUCGCGAUUUUCGCCAUGAGUUUCUUUGACUAUUCGAUGGGUGUGCCCACCCAGAAACUGGAGGUGCCCAACGAGCUGAAGCCCACGCUGAGCACCAGGGGCUGGCUUAUUCCGCCGUUUGCCGAGAAGAACCCCUGGUGGUCGCCAAUCAUCGCCGUAUUCCCUGCCCUGCUCGGCACCAUACUGAUCUUCAUGGAUCAACAGAUCACGGCCGUCAUCGUGAACCGCAAGGAGAACAAACUGAAGAAGGGCUGUGGCUACCAUCUGGAUCUGUUCAUCCUCUCCAUUCUGAUUGCCAUUUGCAGCAUGAUGGGUCUGCCCUGGUUCGUGGCCGCCACCGUGUUGAGCAUCAACCACGUGAACUCGCUGAAACUGGAGUCGGAGUGCUCGGCCCCUGGUGAGAAGCCACAGUUCCUGGGAGUGCGCGAGCAGCGGGUGACCCACAUCCUGAUCUUCCUGACCAUCGGUGUCUCCGUGCUGCUGACCCCGCUGCUCGGUAACAUUCCCAUGCCGGUCCUGUUCGGCGUCUUUCUGUACAUGGGCGUGGCCUCACUCAAGGGCUUACAGUUCUUCGAUCGCAUCCUGAUCAUGUUCAUGCCGGCGAAGUACCAGCCAGACUACAUGUUCCUGCGCCAGGUGCCCAUUAAACGCGUCCACCUGUUCACCAUGAUUCAGCUGGCCUGCCUCAUAAUUCUCUGGCUGAUCAAGUCCUUCUCGCAGACCUCCAUUCUCUUCCCCCUGAUGCUGGUGGUGAUGAUAGGCAUACGCAAGGCACUGGAUCUGGUGUUCACCAGGAGAGAGCUGAAGAUCCUGGACGACAUAAUGCCGGAGAUGACGAAGCGGGCGGCGGCAGAUGAUCUGCAUAAACUGGACGCUGAGGACAACCAUCAUCAGCAUCCCCCAGGAUCUGGUGCGGGGGCCAACUACAAUGCCGAUAAGUCGGGUCCCACCACCAUACACAUUCCGCUUUCCGGAAACAAGCCACCACAGGGCACCAAUGGACCCACAGUGAGCAUUCCCCAGGAGGCUGUCAAUCGCACCGCAGUCUGGCAGCAGAUCAACAAGGAUGGCAACGGGAUCUCGGAGCAACUGAUCAUACCCGUCACCCUUAAAGUCCGCCAGAUCAAUGGCAACCACGCCCCCUCGAGCGCCACCCUCUCGCCACGCCUUUCGCCCAUGCACGAGGCGGAUGAGUACAGUGAAGCUCCGACCAACAGUCCCGGCCAUCAGCAGCAGCAACCGCAGAUCAACAAUUGCAAGGAGGCUGCCAAACUGGAAGGAUCCUGCGCAAACAACAGCCAGAUCAGUCCGGCCAACAUAACACCCGUCUAGACUCUAGAGAUCCCGAGAUAAUAUGGAUUUUAGAGCGAACAAAGCACAAAGAACCCACAAAACCAAACACACAUCUAUGUAUUUCUAGUUGGUCAUCCACAGACGUAUCAUAAUCUCUAUUUGCUAUACAUUUAUCGCCGUAGUUAUCCCAGGGGUCGAUUUUUGGUAAAGAUUUUUAGCUGUGCCAGUAGUAGAGGGGUUUAUUUUUUCAUUUGGGGCUCAAGUACAAGAUAUACAAGUAUUAACUAUAUGGUAACAAUUACGAUAUUCCGUAGACAAGAAAAGCAUUACAAAUAUACACUUUUGAAACGAGUUUUAUAGAGUCAAUUCCAAAGAUCAGGAUGCGGAUGCGAAGAAGCCAAAGCCACAGAACAAACACCAAAUAGUAAGCCAUCGGUGGUCCGAUGUUUGUCCAAUUUUCCCAAUUUUUCCAACGUUUUCUUGGUAUUCUUUGACUUGGUUAGCUAGAGCGAAUUGCGUUUAUUUAUCGAACUGUGAUCUGAUGGGUAUAUCUUGGGGUUGGGUUAUGUAAGGUGUGUAUCAUUUAGUCUAGCCAAGACAAAGCUGUAAACAAUUGUACUAUAUUUUAUGGCUCACACUAAGUUAAACACAAAGACACUCGCAUCCUAUCUGAAACACCAAAAAGAAAAAAAAAUAUAUAUAUAUAUAAUACAUAAAGACAGCUAUAAAUAUUGAAUAAAAGUGGCGAACCAUUAACUAGCCACAAGCAAACUGCUUAAACAAAAA